AUGCGGGAGGCGAAGAUGGAGCUCGACGUCAUCAUCUUCCUACAACGCUGGGAUCAGCGCGUGCAAGCAGGGCAAGCAGUUGCAACUGGCGUUGGCGCUGUUCAGCGACAUGCGGGGGGCGAAGCUGGAGCCCGACUCAGCUACAACGCUGGGAUCAGCGUGUGCGAGAAGUGUGAGCAGUGGCAGCGGGGUUUGGCGCUGUUCAGCGAGAUGUGGGAGGCGAAUUUGGAGCCCGACGUCAUCAGCUACAGCGCUGGGAUCAGCGCUUGCGAGAAGGGCGACCAGUGGCAGCGGGCGUUGACGCUUCUCAGCGAGAUGCGGGAGGCAACGCUGGAGCCCAACCUCUAA